AUUUGUCGCCUUUAUUAAAUUUGGAGUGUGUUGUAAACAAACAUUUGUCUGCAAGUCGUUGUACAUCAUCUAGCUGUAUUUGUGGCAGAUGUACAAGAGACUGAGUGAACUCCGCUAUGCUAAUGCGCUAGCAUUCCACUAAUGCUGCCGGACAAACACCGCUUCGAGUCAGAGCGGAAGUUGACUGACGUCAUGUGAAAAGGGUCUAUAAGUAGCUGGAUUCAGCGUCGUAUUGCACUGUGAUGCUGUAUAUGCAGACUUCUGGUGAUUGAAUUGAUAACAAUUACUCACCAAAAACAGGUGAUUUCUCAUUAAGGAAUACAAAGACGCAGCAGCUUCACUAUUGUGACUUAAUGAGAAAUCAGUUAUAUGUAAAUCAGUGAUUCAUAAAUAAAAUAAAUAAGUGUGUCAUAAGCGCUCAGUUCCGGGAUCGGAUAUCACUCGCCAUUUUCACUUUUAUUUUAUUUUAUUUUAUUUUUUUCCAGAACAUCGGAUGAAAAUGAAGCUCCUCUUUUAUUUGCUCGCUGUGUGUUUUUUACUCGAUGAUGGUGUGUUUGGUGUUGAUGAAAUGAAGACGUCAGUGUCAGUGAUGGAGGGAGAUUCUCCUACUUUACGCACUGCUGUUACUGGAUUACAAAAUGACAAAUCAGAUUUUAUUAAAUGGUAUUUUAAUAACAUCCGCAUAGCUCAAAUCAGGGGAGAUCUCAGUAAGUUCUGUACAGAUGUGAAGUGUGAGACUGGUCAGGAGAGAUUCAGAGACAGACUGAAGCUGAACAAUCAGACUGGAUCUCUCACCAUCAAGAACAUCAGUAUUACAGACUCUGGAGAUUAUCUACUGUGGACCUUCAUCAACAACACCAAUGAUGAGAAGACAUUCACUGUCACCGUCCAACCUGGUGUGUCUGGUGCUGAAAUGAAGAUAAAGUCGAUGAUUGAAGGAGCUUCUGUCACUCUACACACUGAUGAUACUGUAAAACAGGGAGAUGUUGUGAUGACGUGGUAUUUCAAUGACACUCGUAUAGCUGAAAUGAAUGAAGAUCCCAGUAAGAGCUGUACAGAUGUGACGUGUGAUGAAGGUGCUGAGAGAUUCAGAGACAGACUGAAGAUUGACCAUCAGACUGGAGAUCUCACUAUCACAAACACCAGAACUACAGACUCUGGACUUUAUCAACUAGAGAUCAGCAGCAGUAUCAGCAGCAGCUGCAGCGUAAAGAGCUUCAGUGUUAAUGUCAGCGUAUCAGACUUAAAAACUUCAGAUCCAGGUCUGUCUUCUGGUGAUAUAGCAGGAAUAUGUGUUGGUGUUCUGGUUGUCGCUGUAACUGCUGGUGUGAUUUAUUAUCGCUGUAAGAUCUCAAGAUGAGGACAAAAUGGCAUCGAGAUGCAGCACAAUGUUCAGGAGGAUGGCGGAGAGAACGAGAUUCCUUUGAAUAUUUCAGGACAGGAGAGAGGACAGGAAAAGAGAGAGCGGAUACAACUGAAUGACUCGACAACAGUUUGGUCAUCUGAUGCAUCAUGAAGUGUCAUUAAUUAAUCGUGUGUUAUAUAAGUGGAGUGUGUGUAAGAAGGGGACAUGAUGUGGUAUUUAUAAAUAUACUGUAGGUAUCGAUCAGGAAUUCCGGCUGCUGUUCCGGUAUAACGUUGCUCUGAUGGAGGAUCAGUUUCCUCACCUCAAAUCCAAACCUCACUUACUAUUGUGAAAGUGAAAGCUGACUCGAGAUCAGUGCAGCUGAAUUUAUCUUCAAUAUGAGCCGGCACUGAGAUGACUGAUGAUCAUAAACUCAUCAGACUCAUGCCUUAAACUUGUGAAAAAGACUUUCUACUCUAGAUUUUAUCUUAACUUCCAAAUAUUCUCUUCUGCGCUGUGUUUGUCGGUGGGAACCGUAUAUGAUUAUGGCGUUUUGUUCAUUUAAAGCGGUUCAACAGUUUAAUUUUACUGCUGCUGGAAAGAUUUGGUGCUUAAUAGAAACAAAAAGCUCAUACAGACUUUCUCUAGUCUUGAGUUGAUUAAUUAUCAGAGUACUGGAAUCUGAUUCUCUGUGUAAAGAAAAGCUAUACGUAUAUAUAUAUAUAUAUAUAUAUAUAUAUAUAUAUAUAUAUAUAUUGUCUUAUUGUAUAUUUUUUGUAUAUAGUUAUAUUUUUAUGCACUUUAUUUUUAUACUAUUUUUUAUUAUUAUCUCUGUCUUGUUGUUGUAUUGUUUGUAAGUUUCUGUCAGCAAGACAAAUUGCUUGUAUGUGUGUAAGCACACUUGGCAAUAAAUCUCAUUCUGAUUCUGAUUAAAA